GAAAGAAAUGGUGGGAGAGGGGGGCCAUGAAAUAAAAAAGGACUGACAGAGAGAGAGCAGAGAGCUGAUCGAACAGAUAAGAGCACCCAGCGCGGUCCACUCCGCGGGGAACCGUUAGCUUAGCCGGCGCCAAUAUUCGUUAAUCCUCUCUCCCUUUCUUCUCUCUCCUUCCCUACAUAACCGAUUCUUCUCUCAGACCGACCCACCAGGAAGAGUAGGAAGAAGGAGCAGACCCUUUGAUUCACCAACAGUCUUUUCUUCUCUCCGGGCUCCCGUAUCAGGCCAUAAUUGAGCACCCAAGUGGCCAAUUCCUCAUCUGGGUCCCCUUCCUCAGAUCCCUCCGGCGAUGGAGGCCGCCUUCCCUUCCCCAAGGCACGACGCGUUUCCCGCCGGCCUGCGUGUUCUCGUGGUCGACGACGACCCGACUUGGCUGAAGAUCCUCGAGAAGAUGCUCAAGAAAUGCUCCUACGAAGUGACCACAUGUGGUCUAGCAAGAGAUGCGCUGAACUUGCUUCGUGAGAGAAAGGAUGGAUACGACAUUGUAAUAAGUGAUGUCAACAUGCCCGACAUGGACGGCUUCAAACUCCUCGAGCAUGUUGGCCUUGAGAUGGAUCUUCCUGUAAUCAUGAUGUCCGUUGACGGAGAAACGAGCCGCGUGAUGAAAGGAGUCCAACAUGGAGCAUGCGAUUAUCUCCUUAAGCCGAUAAGAAUGAAGGAACUUCGAAACAUUUGGCAGCAUGUUUUGAGGAAGAGGAUAAAUGAGGGAAGGGACAUUGACAGCCAUGAAGUUAUCGAUGGGCUUCAAAUGACACGAAGUGGAUCUGAUCGAUCUGAUGACCACUUCUAUAGUGGAGAGGACGUUUCCACUGGAAAGAAGAGGAAAGAAUCGGAAAACAAGCAUGAUGAUAAGGACUUUGCUGAUCAUGGGUCCUCUACAAAGAAAGCUAGAGUGGUUUGGUCAGUUGAACUUCACCAGAAAUUCGUUAAAGCUGUAAAUCAGAUUGGGUUUGACAAGGUCGGUCCUAAAAGAAUACUCGACUUGAUGAAUGUUCCAUGGUUGACGCGGGAGAAUGUCGCUAGCCACUUGCAGAAAUACCGGCUCUACUUGAGUAGACUGCAGAAAGAAAAUGACUUGAAAACUUGUUUUGGUGGGAUAAAUCCAGAUUCGGCCUCACAAGAUCCCUCUGUGAGUUUCAGCUCUCAAAGCUCCAUCAGUGUGUCCCAAGAGGAUAUCCCAAAUAGAAACUUCAGAUUUUCAGGGAACGACUUGCUCGCCCAGAUUGCCAAUCCCAAAGUCCAUGAAGUUGACCAACAGGUUAUCGUCUCGUUGCCCAAGGAAGAACCGAAAAGAACUUUGAUUGCUGAGGUACCUAACCAACAAGAGAGUAGGGGCAUGAAAAUCGGUUUCAAACCGUCAGUUGUGCCAUUGGGUCCUCAAGAGAGGUUCACAGGGGGGUUUAAUUCUAGUAUCCCAGCGCAUUAUUCCUGGAGAGGAGCUCCCAAGGUCCCAUUCAAAGAAGAGACUGAUCCCCACAUUUCUUUGGAAGAUCCGAGCCAUCUGCUGAAAUCAACUAAUUCCCAGCCAAAUUUAACAGGAGGCCAACGGACCAAUUCCGUCGAAUAUAAGCCGCUGUGUGCGGACCAUCGCAGUAACGUAGCCCAAGCAAGUCUUGUGAGGUCACAAAGUGACUUAAACGGUGUCCAAGACAAGGGUAAUAUGGUAAAUUACCAAGAUAUCCAGCCCAUCCCUGUAGGUUCCUCAAGCAUACGAGGUCAGGUUUUUGACCUGGCCAGCCUUCCCGCUUCACAACCUGCGAACGGAAACCUCUCCUCCAUCAGCAGAUCACCCUUUCGGCCUUCAAGUGAGGAUUUACAGAUCAGAUGGCUUCAGGACGAUCCCCUCUCUGCCAAUCUUGGGUUCCAAAACUCAGAGUUCUCGGGAUAUAGUGACCCAUGCCUUGUUGCUGAAGUCCCGAUCCACUUGUAUGAUGCCCUGCGGUUCGACUACGAGCAAUUUGUGGACCCAACUGAGUGCUCCAUCAUCGAUCAUGGUCUAUUCAUAACAUGAUGACGGGAUUUGGCAUUUUAUCAUAGGCGACUCAUCUGUAAGUCUAGUUUCAAUUAGGGGUUGAUUUUUAAUUUGCUGAUGAGUUAAUUUAGAGUUUGGGGUGCUGAAACAACGUAUAGUAUUUACACUCUUGGCAGUUGAUAAAGCAGAGUGAGACUUUGCUUCUCCCGAUUGUUUUGACACCAAAUAAGAUGAGAACGUGAAUUAGUGCAAUGACUGAACUAAGUCGAUUGUGAUGCUAGAGAAACGAAAAGCCUUGACACUGGCAGUAUAAAUGACAAUUUUACGUA